CAUUAAGCUUCCAACUAUCCAUCUCCCAACUUUCUCUGGUCGAUAUCAGGAUUGGCUAGAGUACCAUGACACUUAUAAGUCACUAAUACACGAUAACACAUCCAUACCUAAAAUUCAUAAGUUCCACUAUCUAAGGAAUUCUUUAAAAGACAGCGCGUCAUUAAUCAUUAAAUCAUUAGAGUUUUCAACUGAGAAUUAUGAUGUUGCUUGGGAUUUGUUGUGCGAGCGUUUCAAUAACAAUCGUAUUUUAGUAAAUAACCAUAUUCAAGCUUUGUUCAGUAUAAAGCCAGUGACUCAAGAGUCUUCUAAAGCCUUGCGUAGUAUGAUAGACUGGGUAAAUAAGAACUUGAGAGCCUUAAAAACAUUAAAAUUACCUACUGAACACUGGGAUAUUUUAAUCAUCCAUAUGAUGUCUAGUAAGCUUGACUCAGUCUCAAUGCGCGAUUGGGAAACCGAACGUAACAAAAUUGUAGGUAUUCCCACGUAUAGUGACUUUAUAACUUUCUUAAAGGGUCGUGCUGACCUGCUUGAAACCAUGGAGGAGGCUCAAACGCAAUCUAAGGUUCCUCGCAGGCACAGUGACGUCACGCACAACCGCCCAAGAACAUUUAUUGCAAAUGAUUCACACAAACAAAAACAACAUAAAUGUCCUGUAUGCACCAACUAUCACACAAUAUACCAAUGUCCAAAGUUCAAAGCUUUACCUAUAGAAUCUCGCAUUGAUAACAUUAAACAGUUGAAUCUGUGUACUAAUUGUCUUCGUGCAGGGCAUGACGAACAACGCUGUCGACUUAGUUCAUGUCGUUUAUGUACCAAACGUCACAACACUAUGUUACACAUUGACACUCAAUCUACAGAGCCUCUGGCUAGCACUUCUAACGCACAUGUGCAGGACCUAUCUAAACCUGUACAAGACAAUAUCACACUAAACUCUAUACACCGCAGCCGGAGCCGUAGCCAAACACUUCUUUCCACUGCUAUAAUCAAUAUUCAAGACCACACUGGUCAAACACACAAGGUCCGUGUUCUAUUGGAUAACGGAUCCACUAUUUCAUUCAUCACAGAAUCAUUACGAAACCAAUUAGGGUUACCCAGUUAUCCCGCAUUCACCUCAGUUAAAUUACUAGAGGACAAAUCAUCAACGUCUACACAAAGAUGUGACGUCACUAUAUCAUCACUAUACGAUCGCAGUUAUACAACCGAUGUUGACUGCUUUGUACUAUCUCGGAUCACCGAUGUCAUACACACUGACCAUAUCAAUCGCAAUUCAUUCGAAAUUCCCUCUCACAUCCACCUCGCGGACCCCUCAUUUGCUGAUCCGUCAGAGGUGCAGAUGCUGCUGAGCGCCGACUUAUUUUGGGAUGUACUUAUCAUGAACAAGAUAUCCCUCGGCAAAAAUCGACCAUUAUUAGUUGAAUCACGACUAGGUUGGCUAGUAGUUAAAUUACCAAACAAUAACAAAACUAAACAAAAUACAGUCCACUGUCAUUUCUCUAACGCUGAGUUAGAUCACAAACUAAACUAUUUUUUUGAUAACGACGGUUUCUCUACCAUUGAAAAGGUUUCCACUAAAGCUAAAUCUGAUAGCGAAUGUGAACGAAUCUUUACCAGCACCACCACACGACACUCGGACGGCAAGUUCAUAGUCACAGUACCACUUAAAGAAUCCCCCGAGGUAUUAGGUAACUCUAAAGAACAGGCUUUGACCAGAUUCCAUUCAUUAGAGCGCAAGUUUAAACGGGAACCGGAAUUCAAAGAUCAAUAUACUAAAUUUAUCAAUGAAUACAUACAAUUAGGUCAUAUGUCAGAGAAUACGACCCCCGAAAAUGAUGAUUUUUCAUACUUUCUCCCACAUCAUGCAAUUUUGAGAGAAAGUCUCACUACGAAAUUGAGAUCUGUCUUUGACGGAUCAGCUGUCACGAGCUCAGGAAAGUCAUACAAUGACAUUCAGCACAUAGGCCCGGUUGUUCAAGACGAUUUGUUAAGUAUCCUUAUUAGAUUCAGGCAACAUAGAUUUGUUGCAACUUCCGAUGUAGCCAAAAUGUAUAGGCAAAUUUAUGUAAGAGAAGAUCAACGAAGUUUGCAGCAAAUUCUAUGGCGGCCUGAUCCGACACAACAAAUUAAACAGUACAAACUAAAUACAGUUACAUACGGCACGGCCUCGGCUCCCUGGCUUGCGACAAGAACACUCAAACAGAUAGGUAUAGAGUGCAAGGACGAACUUGCACGCGAAACUAUUUUGCAUGACUUUUACGUUGAUGACUACAUCACUGGUCAUGAUGAUGAACAAACAUUAAUACAUACAUGUCAAAAUGUCAUUCAUGAGCUAGAACCUGCUCAUUUUCAUUUACGUAAAUGGCGGUCUAACAAACCAUCCAUUCUGACACAGAUCACAAAUGAAAACAACAAUGAUGAUGAGUUGCUAAAUCUUAAUGAUGAUGAUUAUGCCAAAACUUUAGGCCUACUCUGGGCUUGCAAACGAGACACAUUACUGUUUUCAUUGCCAAACAUUACACAACAAGCUAAAACAAAACGCACAAUUUUGUCCACUAUAGCGCAAGUGUUUGACCCUCUGGGCUUAAUAAACCCUUGCAUGUUACAGGCAAAACUCAUUCUCCAAUCUCUCUGGUCUCAGAAUAUUCCAUGGGACUCUCAAUUGCCAGCCGAAAUUGAGUCACAAUGGGACCAGUUUGUCAAAUAUUUGCCAGAUAUAUCUCAAAUUGAAAUUCCUCGUAGAGCAUUGUGCGACGAUUACGUGAAUGUUCAAUUGCAUGCGUUCAGUGACGCAUCUAUGAAAGCUUACGCUGCCUGCGUAUACUUACGCACUGUGUCAAAUAGCGGUGAUGUAAGUGUACAUCUACUCGUUGCAAAAAGCAAACUGGCCCCACUGAGGCAGCGGCUAAGUAUUCCAAAAUUGGAAUUGUGUGGCAGUCUAUUAGCUACACAAUUAAUGAAAAAGGUUGUUAAUUCAUUACGCCUAAAAGUAGAUUCACUAUAUUUUCACUGUGACUCAACCAUUGUGCUUGGUUGGUUAAAAACGUGCAAAAAACAACUCAAACAGUUUGUACACAAUAGAGUUAAUGAAAUCACCAACACUUUUGACCCAUCAGCAUGGCACUAUGUUCCCACAGAUAUGAACCCUGCUGACAUAGGGUCUAGAGGUCUAAAUGCUUCACAACUCAAAGAUUCAACUUUAUGGUGGCAAGGCCCUCAUUUCCUACACCAAAGGGACAUUCAAUGGCCCUUGCAGCCACUAAGUGUGGACAUUUCUGAUUUGCCUGAAAUUAAAUCUCAUUGUCAUGUUUCAGCAGCAGCUGUAGAUGUACGUGAAAGCGAUUUCACUGAAAAGUUUUCAAACUUUGGCAAAAUGCUACGCAUCAUAGCGUACAUGUACAGAUUCAAAUAUAAUUGUCGAAAUGCAAACAAACACGUUGGUCCAUUAAGCAUCUCAGAAUUAAGAUUAGCGUUGAUUUUCUUAUGUAAAAAGGUACAAUCAGAAAUGUUCAAUAAACAAAUUUCAUUGCUCAUUAAGGGCACACUCACACCAAAAGAUAAACUAAUCAAAUUAAAUCCAUUUAUUGACCAGGAUAAUCUUAUCAGAGUUGGAGGUCGUCUAUCCAACUCUAACUAUGAUUAUGAUACAAAACAUCCUAUCUUGCUACAUGCAUCUCACUAUAUAACUAAAACAUUAGUUCGAUACUAUCACAUUGUAUACUUACAUGCAGGACCCCAAUUGCUAUUAUCUACGUUACGUCAUAAGUUCUGGAUAAUAAGCGGUCGCAACCUUUGCCGGAAGACAACACAUGAGUGCUUAACUUGUCUUCGCUUCUCAGGUCGUACAUACCAGCCUAUCAUGAGCCCUCUUCCUGCGCAGAGGUUGCACGCUGAUCACCCUUUCACACACACAGCCACAGAUUAUGCCGGUCCUAUCCUGAUAUCGAACAGAAAAGGCCGUGGCGCUAUACUAAUAAAGGCAUACAUAGUUGUGUUCGUAUGCCUGGCAGUGAGAGCAGUACACCUCGAGCUCGUCACCGAUCUGACGUCUCAAGGUUUCAUUGCCGCUUUAAAUCGAUUUAUUGCCCGCAGAGAGCUCCAGUCCCGCAGCAAGUGGCGCACUCAGGGUGCGCAUCCACAGCUGGGCGAGAUGGUCGUCGUCAAGGAUGACCGCCUCCCACCAAACCGAUGGCUGCUCGGACGAGUCACAGCCAUCCACCCGGGCAGCGACGGCGUCAACCGCGUCGCUGACGUCCUCACCACUACGGGGACCCUGCGCAGGGCCUACAAUCGCCUCUGCCCACUUCCAUCGACGUUGGAUCAGGCAGCUCCUGACCCAAGGGGGGCAGCCUGUUAACGCACCUUCCAUGUGUGCGUGAGCGCCGCCGCGCACACAUCGACACGACACCCGCGGGCCCGCGGCCGGCGACAGCCCGCCCCGCCAUCACUCACCGAUCGUACUCGACGCCGACACCACGAUAGCUCGCGCGUCCAUAGCAAUGUAUUUUUUACAAAUUAUUAAAUAGUUGUUAAAAUCCAAGUUGUCGUCUUCAUCAUUUUCCGAAGAACCUGC